AGUUCAUUUUCAGUUACUCGUUGCCUUUUCUCUAUGAAAGCUCAUGUCUUAUAUAUAAUUUUAGGCCUCAAGAAAUCAAUAAAGAAGAACUAGAGGAAAAUAGCAUGAGAUGUGGUAGAAAGCUUGCCAAAGACGGUGAAUACUGCUGGCGAUGGACAGGUUUUAACUUCGGCUUUGAUCUACUUGUAACUUACACCAAUCGGUACAUCAUUUUCAAACGCAAUACACUGAAUCAGCCAUGUAGUGGAUCUGUCAGUUUACAGCCUCGAAGGAGCAUAGCGUUCAGAUUGCGGUUGGCUUCUUUUGAUAGUAGUGGAAAACUAAUAUGUAGUAGAACAACUGGCUAUCAAAUACUCACACUUGAAAAGGAUCAGGUAUGUGUAGUUACUUUUCUGUUACAUCACUAUAAUAUUUGUGUCUUGAAUUUUCUUGAAAAUUCUUAA